ACUGGACAAUACAUACACACACAUACAUUCACUCUUGUCUGUCUUUUCCUCAGAAAUCGCUCCUUGCCUUUCUCGCCCUUGCAAUUCCCCGAGAGAUAGUCGCAAUCCGGCACCAUGACCCGCCUUAUCCUCAUAAUCACAGCACUCAUAUCCCUCAGUACCGCGCAAUUCGGCUUCUUCGACCAAAUGUUUGGCGGUGGCGGUGGCGGCGGCGGUUCGCAGCAGCGUGGCGAGCCGCAGAAUGUACGGAGCGAUAGUAGUUGGUACCAGGCGCAGUAUGAAGGCGCACAAUGCUCGCAUUACCUAUGCCCUGGCACGCUUUCUUGCGUUCACUUUCCGCAUCAUUGUCCCUGUGCGUGGGGCACCGUAGAAGACAAGGUUGAGCUGGGCGAGGGCAUUGCCGUUUGUGGAUCCAAGGGCGGAUGGAGCGAGGGCGAGUUUGCGAAGAAGGUUGAUCUGGCGAGGAAGGGCAUGCUUUGAGCUGGGACACCGGACAAUUGCGCUACAAUAUCAUACAUGUGGAGUUUUGGUGAAAAGGGAAUAGAGAGACUGCACUAGACUUAUCAUGCGAGAUUCUUUUGUCGGACACGACAUUACGAGAGAACAUGGAUACAUGGCUGCUGUACAGGAAGAAUCGCAUUCAAAUGGGUCGAUAUGCACACCCCAGCAUCGAUUCCAAAACGCCAAGUUCUACUCAAUUCAA